UCAGCACCAUGUCUACGGCGUAGCGACGUCUUAUAGGACAAUAGCGACGCGCCGGAAAAUUGUGACGUUUUGUUAUUUUUUGUUUGAUGUGAAUAAAAGCGACUCUUUGUGACACUCACUGAUAAAGAACACGGUACAAUGAGGACGCUUAUUGUAAAAGAACUUGGCUGUAUUUGGAACAUUGAGUAAGAAUUUGGACAAUUUAGUGUACUGAGGAUGUAAACGAACAAGGAAACGUUGCGUUGUAAACCUCAAUUAUUUUGGAUUAUUUUGUCAAUGUGACAUUAGUGUCUGUGAAUAUAGAAUAGUAUAAUACAAACUUUCUUUUGCGAGGCAAUAUUCCCAUGGAGUACCCUAAAUCGAUCAUUGUUGAGUUGCUGAAUUGAGGUACCGGACCCAUGGAUUAACCUGCCAAAAGAAGAUGUUGUGACAAAUAUAUUACCCUGCAUAAUAAUUGAGGGCUUACAAAAAUGUGUUCCAUAAAAAGCUUCGAUAAUGUAACUAGUAAUAGAAUCUUUCUGUUCAUUAUUGUGCUAUUAUCCCUUAAAUUGUGCAGUCCUCAGGACUUGAACGAAGAAUUUGUAAACGAGGACAGUGUUGAUUCUAUACCGGAUGUGGAUAUGGUUGUGUCAGUGAAAAAAGUGAAAACAAGAGACGUUGUGGGUCCAUGUAGACUAAGUGAAUUACUUUGUGAUACAGGGCAGUGUAUUUCAUUGGAUAAGUAUUGUAAUGGUGAUGAUGAUUGCGGUGAUAAGAGCGAUGAACCUAUAUCAUGCACACCAUGCAAUAGAACGUACAUGGGUGACGUGGGUCGCACGUAUGAAUUGGAAGUGCGUAGACCUCGUGAAGAUCACCUCCCCUUCGUGUGCCAUCUUAAUUUUACGGCCCCUGGAGGAAAUUACGGGGAUAUUAUACAAUUGACUUUCGACACGUUUACAGUGGGUAAAUUUGUGUCGUUCACGUCAGAUGGUUGUCCGGAUGGACACAUGACUAUAGUUGAGAGAAGUCCAUCGCCCCCCACUGGGCAAUGGUGUGGGUCCGCGUGGGGUUAUACUGUAUAUUUUAGUGAAUCCGACUCUAUUAAUAUGACGCUCAGAUUAGAUAGAUUGAGUCAACAGGGUGUGGGAUACAAUUUCGACUUCAAGUUGGCUUACAAGUUUCUAAGACGGAGUGAAGCGCGGUUGCGGUAUGGAAACGCGACAGUGGGGGCGUGGAGGGGAGAAAGGGUACCAGGGACAUACUGCGACCGCAUACUGAGUGACUGUGAUCUACGCGCGUGUCGAAUCCAGUCACCUAACUUCCCUGGUGUCUAUCCGAGGAAUGCCACAUGUACAUACCGUAUUGAACAUACUAAGAUACCAUCCGACAAACAUGUUUUACUAAUAGUAAGACAGACGAAUAGCCACAAAAUACAUAUCAAAGACCAAAUAGUGAAGUACGAUAGAAGUCAACGUGUAUUGAAGAUAUGGGACCAAUGCAACGUAGUACAGGAUUAUUUAACAGUUUGGGACGGUGCUACGCGAGAUUCACCGGUAUUAGUACGACUCUGUGGUGGAGAUGCUGUACCAGAUAUUAUUAGCCGCGGUUCCAAUAUGCUUUUGGAGUUCCAUACGUCACCGUACGACAAUCCCUUCCACCCAGUCCCUUUGAGCUACCUCCCUGGUUUUGAACUAGAAGUACAGGUGCUGUAUGUAGACAAAGACUCCCAUUCGUACGUGCGUCCUGAUGGCCGAUGUCGUUUUGUUUUGCGCUCCUCUGACAAAACUAGUGGGGUUUUGAGGAAUCCACGACACUCAUUGCCACCAAACACGUCAUGUGUAUAUUAUUUCCAGGGUCGUCCAAAUGAAAUAGUGUGGGUCUCGUUCGUGAAAUAUCAUUCGGCGGGUACGGAACCGGCUGGAUUUGAUCAGCAGAAGGACUGCUCAUCUCAACUCACCAUAUGGGACGGGGCCGCACCUGACGCGGACCUCGACAGGAAGUUGGAUAUGAGUGAUAAAAAAUCACUACUCGGAUCAUUUUGCCGCGAAGAGUCACCAAGAUUAUGCGACCACGCUCUAUUAUCGAAUGCAACACGAGCAACCAGACCAUGUGCACCAUCAGAAAGUUAUAUCACUACCGGGCCAGCUCUCACUAUUUUACAGGAACUUCGUCAAGGUUCAGCGCUAUAUCCAGUAUCUUUUCUACUUCGCUAUGAAUUCGUCGAUGUAAGCGAGCAAGGGCAGCCAUUAGUCGAUUCUCAAUCAGCCUGCGAUCGAGUUUUCAAAUCUGCUCAAACUUACUCCGGGAGAUUUCAAGCCCCCAGAGCAAUAUUCUAUUACGGACGAGGCGGUGCACAAAAUGUUACUUGUAUCUUAAGAUUUGAAGCAAAGCAAGGAGAGAGAAUUCAAUUAACUUUCACAAAUACUUAUUUUGGGAAUAAGUAUUGUAAUACACACAAAGAUCCGCGAACUGGCCGAUGGGAAUGUGAUAGGCCUUCAAAAAGGACCAUAGGAGGUGAAGGGCUUGCUGAAAUAAUUAUUACUGAAAUUCCUUGGGAUGGAGUGCCAAUAAGGAGAGAUUGUCUUUGUACGAAUCGAUCAGAACCAAUAAAUAUACACACUUUAACUGCACCAGUCGUUGAAGUUAACUUCACAGUAACUAUGAUGAAUAUUACUGAAGAUUAUGAUGAUUUUGCUUUUGAAGGCGAGUACAAAUUUAUUCCAACAGGGCCUAGUGAUGAGACAGUCUGUUCCUCUGGUUGGGGUGAAAGGCGACUUAGAGGCAGUAGUGGUGAAAUCAGACUUUUUGACAAAAGACAAAUUUCUAUUGCCCCAGAGAUUGUUGGUGAUAGAAACGUUAUAUCAGAAAGCGUUCGAGCUGAAGUUGCAUGUGUUCAUAGACCUUGGCUUAUAGAGCCAGGAGGUGAUGAAGUUGACCCAAUACAAGGUCGAUAUCUGUACGUAAAAAUUCCGGGAUAUGAUGUGACGUCAACGUCGCCUUUUUGCCCUACUCCUAAUAGAUUAUUUAUAUACGAAGCUAGAGAUACCUCGCGAGUACGUGAAAUUUGUCCUGAUAGUACAAACUUCAUAGAAUUGUUUUCACCUGGAUGGAAAUCAUCUCAAGCACCUGUAGAAUCAUCUUUGAAGCCCCAUGCUAGGAGCUAUGUUAUAGAUUUUUUGCAACAUGAACAAGCUGAUUAUUCAAUUAAAUGGAUAGAACUAAUGAAAAAACCUGUAUUUGAGCCCGAUCCGGAAUCAAAUCUCCUACCGUCAUCAAUAUCUCUUGAAUGUCGUUACAGCUGUCCUGAAUUAAAUGCUUGCAUACCUUUGGCAUUAUGGUGUGAUGGAAGUGCUCAUUGUCCAUCUGGCUUUGAUGAAGAUGAUUCUAACUGCUCAUUUAGGAUAUCUCUCCCGCCACCUUACGUAGCAGCGGCUGCGGGUGUUGGUCUUCUUAUUUGCGCUGUGAUAGUAGCUUUAUGUGCAUGCCGAAGACGACGAAGAAAAGACAAAGAAUUUAAGGCUAGAUUAGAUGGUGCAUUACCUCCAGAAGAAAGACCUUUUGAUAGAGCUAAAGCCAAUGGUAUACCUGAAGCUUCACAGCAAUACGCCACAGUACAAAAGUACGCAACUAUAGAUAAGUACAGCUUAAGUCAAAAAUAUAGCGCUGGUCUGAAUGAUGCGAGAUACUAUGAUGAGGUGGCACAAAGAGAUAAACUCGCAGAUACUAGAUAUGCUAGUUUAGGUCGAGCGGGUCGAGGUACACGGCAUGAAAAUUCUAGAGGCAACGGUUCUCGUAGAGCCAUGCCCGAUUUGGGUUACCCUGAUCUUAAAGAUGGUUUCUGUUGACCCACUCCAGAUCUUAUAGAAACAACUGUAUAGCAAUUUGUGUAAUUCGGGAUAUUUCCGAAUAAAAAAUUACAUGUUUAUGUUUAACAUUAGAGUGAAGACUGAAUUUGGCAAAAGUGCCUGCAUAACAUUUUUGGUCAAAUCCGUAGAAACUGACGAACUUAAAAAUGAGUAUUAAAACACAAACUAAAAUAUUUUUUCUUCAUAUUUAACUUAUUUAUUGUAUAGUCAGUACAUAGAUGCAAAAUAGGAACACACAUAAAUUGAAUUGAUGAUAAGUUGUAGAUUCCGUUAAAAGUAGAAAUUUCUCGAAGGUUAUCCCCUCAACUAACAUAUCUUAAUGUACAUAAUUGCUUGACAAUACGAUUUUAAGAUAAAUUGUAAAUCUAAAAGUGUGUUAGUGAAAUGAGUGAUUAGUGUACUCUGUAUACUUUAAUAUGGAAUCUGAUAUAAGUUUGUGGUCGUAAGAAAAAUGACUCCAUUGUGUAAAUUCUUGAUUCACUGCGUAACGGUAUACAUAAUGUAUGUGAAUAAUAUUAUUAACCUAUGUACUAUAAAUAUUAUAGAUAUAAGAAGAAAAUGUGAUAUAGGUUGUAAAAUAGUAGAUAAGAUUCACGAACUGUAUAACUAAAGUUAGAUAAAAUAAUUUUCCUUUUGUGUAUAAAGAACUAAUGCUAACGGUGUAUCUAUUAAUUGUGACUGUACAUAAAUUAUCGAAUAAGAUUUUUAAAGUCUGUAAUUAUU